AUGGAAGGUCCAGGAACUGACGCCUCAUUCCAUUUCAGUGGUAUCGAAAAAUAUUUCAACUCUUAUACUCUUACAGGUAGAAUGAAUUGUGUACUGGCCACAUAUCGAGGCAUCGCUUUGAUGGUCUUAUACUUCAAGUUGAAGUAUAAAAAUACACCAGCUAUGAACGGAACAUUAACAGAUUUUAAGCUGUACCUCAUCUGUUAA